CAGUUGACGCUCAUCUUUUGCCAGCGACGGAUCUGUCCCCGUGAGGUCUAAAAACAAAGCUGCAAAAAUGAGUGAUAAUCAGGUCUACAAGUGGCUUUCGCUGCUGGCGGUGAUAUCCCUAACUGGUACGGCCAGCUCUCUAAAGAUCUUAGGCAUGUUUGCCCAUCCAUCGAUUAGCCACUUCAAAUUCUUUCACCCGAUUAUGCGGGGACUGGCCGAGGCGGGCCACAGUGUGGAUGUUUUGAGUCCCUUUCCGGAUAAGGAACCUCCCUCUGGAUAUACGGACUAUCUGCUGCCAUCUUCCAACUUGUCGGAUGCCAUUCCACUGACGGAAUUCGAGCGGCCGUUACCAUUUCUGUUCCACUACGCAGAGUUCUACAUGCUCUACGUCGCCGGCAAAGAGGCCUGCAACACCACCCUGAACAGUGAGGCAUUGGCAAGGAUCCUUAAGCAUCCUCCUGGCUACUAUGAUGUGAUCCUGACGGAGCACUUCAACACGGACUGCCUGAUGAGUGUGGCGCAUGUGCUGCAGGCGCCGGUGAUUGGCAUGAGCAGCUGUGCUCUGAUGCCCUGGCACUAUGAGAGAAUGGGCGCUCCGUUGAUCCCUUCGUAUAUCUCGGCCCUCUUCAUGGGUCAGUCGCAGGAGAUGUCGUUUGCCGGUCGAUUGGGUAAUUGGAUCACAGUGCAUUCGAUUAAUAUGCUCUACCGAAUGUUCAGUUUUUCCGCUGCCGAUGCCUUGAUACGCCAGAAAUUCGGUCCUGGGCUGCCUUCCACCCAAGCGAUGGUGAGAAAUACCUCCCUGAUGCUACUCAACCAGCACUUCUCGCUGAGUGGACCCAAGCCUCUGCCUCCGAACAUCAUUGAAGUGGGCGGAGUGCACCUGAAGCCCGCCCAGCCCUUGCCCGAUGAUCUCCAGCAGCUGCUUAAUAAGGCCACCAAAGGCGUAAUCCUCAUCAGCUGGGGCUCUCAGCUGCGUGCCAGUUCCUUGUCCGAGGCGAAGAGAGAUGGCAUGGUACGUGCCAUUGGCCGUCUGGAGCAGCAGGUCAUCUGGAAGUGGGAGAACGAUACGCUGCCCAACAAGCCCGACAAUCUGCACAUCUUGAAGUGGCUGCCACAGCGCGACAUAUUCGCCCAUCCCAAUGUUAAGCUAUUUCUGUCCCACGGCGGCCUCAUGGGCACCUCGGAGGCUGUGUCCAGCGGCAUACCCAUUGUGGGCAUGCCCAUGUAUGGCGAUCAGUCACUGAACAUCGAAUCUCUGGUGCAGCGGGGCAUGGCCCUGCGUCUGGACUUCCAUAAGCUCAGCGAGAAGACAGUCUAUGAGACACUCACGAAAGCGCUGGAUCCCUCCUUCAAGGCCAAGGCCCUGGCCGUGGCCUCCGCGUAUAACAGCCGAGUGCAGCCUCCUCUGGAAACGGCCAUCUGGUGGGUGGAGCAUGUCGCCGAGACCAAAGGAGCACCUCUCAUCCAACCCAGCGCCGUGCAUCUCUCCCGGUUUGUCUACUACUCGCUGGAUGUCUACUUGGUGGCAAUCUCUGUUCUACUUCUCCUGUUCAUUGCCUGCGUAGGAUUACGCCGGAUUUGCAGAGGUGGAAAGGCAGCCACCAAGCUGAAACGCAAGUAAAACCAUUGUAUAAUCUAAUCUUCGAGUAGACUGGAGAUUGGAAAAAGAUUGUAAGAUUAUAAAAGAGUUCACGUUUAAUAGUAAAUAUGUACAAAAUCCAA